AUGUCCAAACCCAAAAUGACAUUCUGCAAUAGUUAUUUUGUAGUAGAUCCAACCAAAGCAAGUGUUUCGGAUCUCCUUCUCCUUUUGUUCUCCCCAAAUCUGACCAGCAAACGAUUCAUAGAUUCUCCCCCGGAUACGCUCAAAAGCUUCCGGAGAAGUUUCGCGAGUCGAUGGGUCAUCGCGAUGGCCGUCCUGCUUCAAAAAGUAUUAAUAUUCCUAAGAAAACCCUUGGCAUUCAUAGGUGUUUGGAUCACCUAUUGGCCCAAUCUUCUUACGGCAAAUGGAGGCUUCUUCAACAUGAUAUAUCAGCUUUUGACAGGAAAGUUGGUGAAGCCUGAUGAAUCGUCGGCCACAUAUGCUUCGUUUAUAGGAUGCUCAGAUCGAAGAGUAGAGCUUGACGAGAAGUUAAGUGUUGGUACCAUUGAGUACAAGUCGAUGUUGUCAAUAAUGGCUUCUAAGAUCGCUUAUGAAAACAAAUCUUUCAUCACUUCAGUCGUCAAGAACACUUGGAAGAUGAAUUUCGUGGAUUACUACGACUUUUACAACGCGUACCAAGAAGGCAAACUGACGCAAGCCUUCGUAUUCAAGGCCUCGAGCACAAAUCCGAACCUCAUCGUCGUCAGCUUUAGAGGAACCGAAACUUUCAGCUCUGAUGAUUGGUGUACUGAUCUGGACGUCUCUUGGUACGAGUUGAAGAACGUUGGCAAGAUCCACGCCGGAUUUUCGAAAGCUCUUGGUCUCCAAAAGAACGGAUGGCCCAAAGAAAACAUAAGUCUCAUACAUCAAUAUGCUUACUAUACUAUCAGACAAAAGCUUAGGGACAUGCUUGCGAGAGACAAGAACCUUAAGUUUAUUCUGACGGGUCAUAGCCUUGGGGGUGCACUAGCUGCUUUGUUUCCGGCGAUUCUUGCCUUUCACGGUGAGGAUGAGCUACUUGAUAAGCUAGAAGGAGUCUACACAUUUGGACAGCCACGUGUAGGAGACGAGGAGUUUGGGGAGUUUAUGAAAGAUAUGAUGAAAAAGCAUGGAAUAGAGUACGAGAGGUUUGUUUAUAACAAUGAUAUGGUGCCAAGAGUGCCCUUUGAUGACAAGGUUUUAUUCGCAUACAAGCACUAUGGAUCUUGCAAUUACUUCAACAGUCUCUACAAAGGAAAGGUAAGAGAAGAUGCACCGAAUGCGAACUACAUGAGCUUGUUGUGGCUAAUACCGAAGCUGUUGAAUGGUGUGUGGGAGUUUAUAAGGAGUUUCAUAAUAGGGUUUUGGAAAGGCGAAGAGUACAAAGAGAAUUGGACGAUGAGGUCUGUAAGGAUUUUGGGAAUAGUAUUACCUGGUGCAUCUGACCAUUUCCCACAUGAUUACGUCAAUGCCACACGAUUGGGAGGCUUAUCUCGACCUGUUGCUACAACUACUCCUGAGGAUAAACUUGCCCUUAUUGCUUGA